UGCCACAUGCACCUGCCGCCAUCAUCCUAGCCCAACACCUGUUUUCUGAGGUAGAGAAUAUAUAUCUAUCUCAUUUUCCCUAUGUCUCCUUGUCGCGGCGGAGCAUUGAAUGUGCAAUACGAGUGUCAUCGCCGCAGCCACACCAACACCCCGCACAGCCCGAACCCCUCCAAACAACCACCCCUCCUCCACUGAUCCACAACUACAGCUACAUUCACAACUCGUCACCACUCGCAUCAGGCUACACUCAUGACCACUAACUAUAAACAUCUCGCAACGGAAAUUGCAUCUCCGAAUGAAUUCCAGAUAUAGACCCCCUACACCUCAACGCCAACCAAUAAACAGACAGACAGACAGACCACGCAGCGCAUACCCCUCACCCGACUUACACCGUGUAAAUAAUCUCCCGACAUAACUCAAAAACUCCAAUACCAUACGGUUAACUAGCAUACAUUGACAUCUACAAAAGAUCAAUUUCCGACAAUGCCACGGAAGUCGCGUGCCAAAGAUCACAUUGAAGGAGACAUGUAUGACCGCGAUCGCGAUGCCUAUCCCCGCCAUAGCCGAACGAGAGACCGACGCCGGAUUUUCAGAGAAGAGGAGGAACUGAGGUUCGAUCGACGAGUACCGCCUCCACCACCACCACCACCGCCCAUGGCCGUGCCGGUUGAGAAACUCGAGCGGCUGCGUUUGCGGGAGGAGAGAGUCCGGGGUGGUCCGAAGAUGAUGGUCCCUGUCUCUGUGCCGCCGCCACCACCGGUUGCACCGCAGCUGGUCCGGGAGGAGGUGAAGGCCAUGAAGCCGGUGCGACGACCGGUGCAGAGAGUCGUCGAACCGCGAGAGAGGGAGCAGGGGUUUGAGAAGGUGAGGGAUCAGAGGGGGAGGACCAGGUAUCGUGGGGUGGAUCUCGAGAAGGAGCGGUUUGUCCUUGAGGAAGAGGAGGAGGAAGAAGAAGAAGAGUCGGACUCGGAGUCGGAGAGCAGUAGUCUUGAGGAGAGUGAUACAGAGGAAGAGGAGGGUAUGGUCGUUGUGCCCAGGAAGGAAAGACUAAAACAGAAGAUUGCUGAUGAGUUUCACUUGCCACGGGGUACGGAUUUCAAGCAGGGGCUGAGGGGAGGGCAUCACGAUCCUAGGCUUGAGGAGGAUGAUAUGCUGCUGAAGCGUCACUAUGAGAGGAGCCGCCAUGGACCGGUCUAUGCUGCGACUCAACGACAUCGACAUCAGCACCGCUCUCACCGGCAUAAGGACUUUGAUGUCGAUGGUGAUAGUGAGCUUGAUGAGGAACUAGACCACGAAGAGGUCGUUCGUCGGAAGUACCGCGAGCGCAGACGUGGUGGUGAGGUGGUUGAGGAGGAAGAGGAGAUUCGCCGGUCCUCUUCGGAGAUGGAAAGGGCUCGACUACCCUCACCCAAGAGAUCCCCUGUCUACGGAAGUACAGUACCUAAUCCCCGGAAGAUUCAUCACCCUCGACUGUCUGAGCCAGAUCUCCUUUAUGAGUCCGAGACCCGCCGUCGUGAAAGAUCGAGCAGAGGACGACGGGAUAGGAGCGAGAUCCCCAUCAUCCGACCCAACAAAAAGAGCAACCCUCCUACGCCGCAUCCAGACCCUUAUCGGCGGUCGAAAGAUAGCCUACCCUUCGUUCCUCCUGAACCGAAGAUCGCUGAGCGUCAAAAGGAAGUGCUCACCGUGGUACGCCGCGACGGGAGCCACGAAUCCUUCAAGGAGGAAGAGUUUGUUGACGAGGACUAUUAUGCGCCUCCACGCCAUCGUUCAUUGCCAAGAAAGUCUCAAAAAGAGAAAGAGGAAUUGGAGCUUGUCGGGCCAGCCCCCCGGGCGAAACAUGACAGAACCGCGCCAGACCAUGAUGCGUUGCGAUACCCGGAGCGGAGCCCUCUCAAUUACUCCGACGACGACUCCGGCCGUCAGUUUGGCAGGAUAGGAAGACGAUACGUCGGUGUCAAGGACCGCCGCGAGCGCCUCUGGACCGAGAUCACGAGGGACUUGGUCGUGAAGGAAGCCCUCGAACGGGCGGGCUAUGAGUACGAGGAGACGGAAACGUCGUACUUCAUAUUCACCUACUUGGAGAAGGAGGAGGUAGAUGCACUGAUCGAGCAAUCGGAAGACAUUCGCCGCGCACGCCGCCGCCGGGUCCAGGAGAUCCACCGCGAGCGAACUUCGUUGCCUCCUCCCACAGCUCCUGUGCCUCCGCCGCCACCGCCGCCGCCUGCAUCCGAAAAGACGGGGCCCCUACUGCUGGACAGCCCGCCUCCACGCUUCCCUCGCGAAGAACGAUGGAGAACAGAGCGGGAAAAGGUUGCAGAAGGGGGUCGCUGGAGGCCACCACCACGAGCGGAGCGAUGGUGAGGAGCCUCUUAGAACCAGCAGGAUCAGUAAAGGAUAGGAAUUAGGCAUUGGAUGCUGCCGGCCACAUGCACACAAGAUUGUUGUGGUUUUGACAUGCAAUGAUACCCUAAGUGACUCUAACGAAUCGUGAUUUUGGGUCUCAUUGGUAAUAUCAAGACCGCCUUCUAGGUUAUAGGCAUGACUUAGAGGAGUAAUUCACUCCGUACUUCAAAGAAGCCUUCUCGUGCCUGGAAUCUCAUGCACACAUAAACAAAUGAGAAGCGAGUCGAAAUUUAUCAGUCCAUUACAGUCAACACAUCUAGUUGCCUAUGUUACUUCAAGCCCCAACCCCGACCUUACGAUUGCUUCUUCAAAGCCAUCUUCACCAGUAGCGUCGCACCCCUUUCCACAAACUCUACUUGAACAACAACAGCAGUAAACCAUUCCAUGGGACCCGUCCCCGUCACUCCCGUAUCCUGUUACAGGAGCUACCC